AUUUCACAGUACAUUUGUGGUGAACUCCUGGUGCGGAAGUAUUUUAUUUAAAAUUUAGAAACUAAGAAAAUUGCAUCCUUUGGAUUGAAAAGAGUGUAGUCCUAAAGUUUUUACCGACUAAAAUUCAAAAUUCACACAUAGUAUGAAUUAUUUCAAUUGACGUAUUUGGUUGUACUAAGAUCAGCGUGCAGAGUGAAUAGGAUCCUUCGUACGUCAAGAACAUUAACUUUGAUAGAAUGCUAAGAUGGACACACUCCUAGAAAUCUCAAAUUGGCAAUAAAGAAAUCAUAUAUUAGCUAUAAUAUAGGAUCUUGCCAAAACUGUAGGCAAAUAUGGACUUGAAUGCGAUUUUGGAAACAAGUUGGCCAAACGCUAAGCAUAAUAGUUGAGACUUGAGGGUAAUUGAGGUCAUAGAAAACAGACAACCAAACGACAUGGAUAGUUUGUGAAAGCCAACAAUUAAAUAUACAGUUCCUACAAACACCGUCCAUGACGUGAAGCAGUUUCAUGGAAUCCGGCAUCGCAUCAGCCACAGUGUGUCCAAACUGAGUGACCCUUCAGCCACGUUUGCUGUCCUAACAACAAGAACUUCUUGACAAAAUAGAAGCAGCAACACAGAACACCAUCCUUAGCCUAUAAAAGGCACACACCUCUGCAAUAGAUCAGCACAAACGGGACUUAAACUUAUCAAUAAGCACUUGUACAGAGUGAAGUAUUCAUGGAUUUGAAGAGAUCGAUUUCACCAAGUCUCCUUUCACUAGCAAUGCUAAUGCUGGUGGUGGGCUCUGAAGCUGGAGGGAUUUCAAUUUACUGGGGACAGAAUGGAAAUGAGGGGACGCUAGCUGAUACGUGUGCCACCGGUAACUAUGAAUACGUGAUCUUAGCCUUCCUUUCAUCAUUUGGCAAUGGGCAGAAACCAAUGCUCAAUCUGGCCGGUCACUGUGAUCCAUACAGCAACGGCUGCACCGGUUUGAGCUCUGAUAUAAAAUCAUGCCAGGCUAAAGGAAUCAAAGUGUUGCUCUCGAUUGGAGGAGGCGCUGGUGGCUAUACCCUUGCUUCGUCUCAGGACGCAAGGCAACUCGCCACUUACCUCUGGAACAACUUCUUGGGUGGGAACUCAUCGUCUCGGCCUCUUGGUGAGGCAGUUUUGGAUGGAAUUGACUUUGAUAUCGAAGGUGGAACGAGCCAACACUGGGACGAACUUGCACGGUUUCUAGCUGCUUACAGCAAGAGAGGUAAGAAGGUCUACUUAACCGCGGCUCCUCAAUGCCCGUUCCCUGAUGCUUGGGUUGGAGGUGCCUUGAAGACAGGCCUCUUCGACUACGUUUGGGUUCAGUUCUACAAUAACCCUCCUUGCCAGUACACUUCCGGUGACAUUGACAAUCUUGAAGACGCAUGGAAGACAUGGACUUCAUCCGUUCCUGCCACAAAGAUAUUCUUGGGACUACCGGCAGCACCAGAUGCAGCUGGAAGUGGAUUUGUUCCUGUGGCUGAUCUGAUUUCAACAGUUCUACCAGGUAUUAAGAGUUCUAACAAGUAUGGAGGUGUUAUGCUCUGGUCCAAGUACUAUGAUGAUGAAACUGGCUAUAGCUCUGCCAUUAAAAGCCAUGUCUAGAGUGUGUUUACAUGUAAAAAGACCAUAAACUAGCAAGAUAUGUAUUAUACUCUCCGUGUAUAUCAUGACAUCUGAAAUAUGAGUUGCACUCCUUUGAGUUAAAUCCAUAUUGCAAAGUGCUACUGAUGGUCAUUUCGACAAUCAGCAAAGAGGAGAAGGAUUAUAAGUAAACAAACAUAUAGAGCACAAUAUAGUUCAGUUAAUAUAGAAACUCAGUCAAUCCACAGUGAAGCA